GACGGGACAGAGCGCGCGGUUGCUUGCUUCAGACGGGACAGAGCGCGCGGCCGCCGCCUCCUCUCUUCGCUGUCGUCAGUUGGGGUCUCUCGCGCGAGCGGGGCCGCGGAGGCGGAGCGCUCAGUCACAGCCCUACAGGUGAAUCUGGACCAUAUAUAUACAUGAGCAGAGAGUGGGACUUCUGUGAUAUGGAUGAUGGACGUAACUAUUUCUUCAAGGUUAUGUCGGGUGAUUUUCAGAGUCGAAUGACCAUACCAAACAAAUUUGCACGGCGUUUUGGGGACAAGAUCCCAGGAAAGAUAAAACUGAAAGCAUGUAAUGGAUGCUCUUGCACGGUUGUGGUUACCAGAUAUCCGGAUAAGUUAGUCCUCGAAGCAGGUUGGGAGGCAUUUGUCAGCACUCAUGAUAUACGGCUGUGUGACUUCCUCGUAUUCAGAUACAAUGGAAACUUUCAGUUUGAGGUUUUAAUCUUCGAUCCAAGUUGCUGCGUAAAAGAAUCCUCAAAUGUUUCUGAGAACAUUUGCGAUCAUGUCCCGCGAAGGCACAAAGAUCUUAUUGACAAUUCAAGCGACUUUGAUACUGACCACAAGCCAAUGCAAUCACCAGGAAGUGAAGAGCCAACUGUAAACAAAAUGAAGGACUCAAACCAAUGCACCAAGAUCAAUAUAAGUUCAUCAACCUGUGACCUCAAUGCAUCUGAAACAGGGUGUGCAGAUAUUUCUUCCUCAGAGGACGAUCAAGAAAUAUCAUCUGCCACUAAGUACAUCUUUUCACCUAGUACACAUCUCACACAAAUGCAAAGGAUGAAGGUAGAAAACAGAGUCCAAGGUGUAUGUUCUAGCAUCCCCAUCUUUGGGUCUGUCAUGACCAAAUGCAACAUUACUCGAAGCCCUUGCUAUCUGAGCUUCUAUCGAAAAUAUGCCCAUCAGUAUCUUCCAAGUGAGAACCAAAUUCUAAGGCUUCAGCGACAUGGCAAGGUGACAACAAGUUAGAGAUAGGUGAUAUAUGCCUCUUUGAACUCCUGAAGAACCAAAAGAUUCUCACGAUAAACAUCCAUAUUAUUCGGAAAUAGAACUUUCCCUUUUAGGCGUAUUUGUUCUGUUACUGGGAGGUUUUUGCAAUAGCAGUGUGUUCGUGCUUACUUGGCAGUCCUGUUUUACUCUAUGGAAUGUACCAAUCUUUAUGUGUAAGUAAAAUACAGGUUAGAACCAAUCUUUGCUAUUAUGGUAUUUUUUUCAUCUA